AUGGCAAAUUGCACUUCAUUAGAUAUAAUUGGUGAAAUCCAGUUAGAGAUCAAAGUUGGCCGUCAAAAAACGUUAAUUUCAGCUGACGUUGCGUCCAAUCUCGUGGCGGAUUUGAUACUCGGGCACGACUGGUUGAAGCAAAACAAUGCGAUCAUAGAUGUUCCAAAUCAACAAUUAACUCUGAUAAAUCCAACUGGACAAAAUACGGUUACUCACUUUACGCAACCACCGCACCUUCAAUUUCCUGUGCUAUUAAUUGAUCAAAUAACGUUAUCGCCACAUUCAGAAACAUGGGUUGACGUCACGGUUCCAUCCCUAUUCGGACAAAAAACCGGAAUGUUAUUCGAACCGAAAAUUGAGUUACGUAACAAAGCUCUAUUUGCAGCUAGUGCACUUGUAAGUGUGAACGAUCAUACAACAAAAAUCCAUAUUGUUAAUGCGAAUGAUCGUCGACACACCUCAAACAUUCGUAAGGUGGUAACUCCCGCAUGCCGGUGGGUAGUUUCUGUGAUUCAGCUUCACAUCAGUGCGGCAUAUGUAAACCCAAUUUCAUAUCGGGUAAUGAUUUACAAAUACACCUUCGAAAUCUUUGUUAUCCUCAAGAACUUCGACAGCAAAUCAAUAAUUUGACGUCACAUAUUGAGCAACCCAAACAAUGUAAACAAUUUCAAAAUUUAUUAUGGAAAUAUGGCAAAUUGUUCGAUACUCGUAAACCAUCGGUAGUUAACUUGUAUCGAUUAAAGACAUUUACCUGUUAUUAUUUUUAACAUACGGGGUACCCUAUGUAUAAACUUGUAUCGGGUAAAAGUAGAUACCUGAUAACCUUUUUAACAUAUGGGUACCAUAUGUAUAACGCAAAAUCAAUAAACUAAAUCUCAAUAUAUUUCUCUCUCAAAAGAUUGAAGCACAUCCUUUGUUUACAUGGAAAAAGAAUGUGCGAGUAUUAACUGAAAAUAAAGUCAAUUUUUAGAAAAAGGAGAAAUAAAGUAGGGUACUUCCGCACAGGUCCGCCCAGUAUUACGUGAGCUAAAAGUCGGGAAGGUUUGAAUAUAUGCAAUCGAUAGUCCUACUAAGGGUAUGUAAAGGCCUCUGUCGCCGCAUAGAAAAAUUGUGAGGUUAUUCCUUUCAGAAUCGUUU